UGCGAAUAUAUGAAUCUUCUCCCAAGCUAACAACUUUUUUAUUUUUCUUGCUGACGUCUUCUUGCUCUUCGUCUUCCUGCACCUUCAUGAUUCAUGAAUUCAAUCAAACUCACGCGCAAACUCAAGCCAACACCAUCACCACCAUGCAACACAACCACAUUCACUACUUUCACCCAUUCCCCACAACACCCUCCUCCUCCUCUCGCAACCCACACUUUCCCUCUCUCUUCUCUCGAAUGCGGAACCUUGCUUCAGUUCCUCGCCAACUCCAAGUCCCUCUCACAGGCCAAACAGCUUCACUGCCACGUCAUCAGUUGCGGCACCCUCCUCAACAACACCUACCUCGGAACAAAGCUCGCAGCUUGCUACGCUUCAUGUGCCCAAAUGAGAGAAGCACACCACCUGUUCGACGAAAUUUCGCUUAAGAACUCCUUUUUGUGGAACUCAAUGAUAAGGGGUUACGCUUGUAACGGUUUUCCGUGGAGGUCCCUUUUUAUGUACCGUGAGAUGUUCAGUUUCGGUGUCGAGGCUGAUAAUUUCACGUACCCUUUUGUUCUCAAGGCGUGUGGUGAUCUUUUGCUUGGUGAGAUGGGUAGAAAGGUUCAUGCUUUGGUUAUGGUUAGUGGGUUGGGGUCUGAUAUUUAUGUUGCGAAUUCGCUGAUGUCAAUGUAUUUUAAGCUUGGGGAAAUUGGGAUCGCGAGUUUCGUGUUUGAUGAAAUGCCUCAGAGGGAUUUGAGUUCGUGGAAUACUUUGAUGUCAGGGUAUGUGAAGAACGGUGAGGCAAGGGUUGCUUUGGGGGUUUAUGAUUGCAUGAGAAAGGCUGGUGUUGAUGGAGAUGGGACUACUUUGCUUUCACUCCUUUGUGCUUGUGGUGAUCUUACGGAUUUGAGUAUGGGGAGAGCGGUUCAUGGUUACAUUGUGAGGAAUGGUGGUACACUGUGUAAUGAGUUUUUGAUGAAUUCUCUUAUUGACAUGUACUGCAAUUGUGAUUCAGUGUCUGCUGCUAGGAAAGUAUUCGAAGGAUUGACAGUGAAGGAUACCGUGUCUUGGAAUUCUUUGAUUUCCGGUUAUGAGCGACAUGGAGACCCUUUUGAAGUUUUGGAGCUUUUCAGUCAGAUGUUUAUAGGAGGUGUGAUUCCUGAUGAGGUGACUAUUAUUUCUAUACUUGGGGCCUGUAAUCAAACCUCCGCCUUGCAAUUGGGUUCAUCGGUUCACUCAUAUAUUGUCAAAAAGGGUUUUGGUGUAAAUACUGCUGUGGGAACUGCCCUUGUUAGCAUGUAUGCUAACUGUGGAAGUUUACUUCGUGCACGUCAAGCAUUCGACGAGAUGCCAGAAAAAAAUUUGGCUUCAUGGACAGUUAUGGUUACCGCAUUUGGAACUCAUGGGAGGGGAAGAGAGGCUAUCUCCCUCUUUUAUGACAUGUUAGGUCAACAUAUUAUUCCAGAUGAAGGCAUGUUUACUUCAGUUUUAUCGGCUUGCAGUCAUUCUGGAUUAGUCGACGAGGGUAAAGAAAUAUUCUAUAAAGUGAUGAGAGACUACAAUAUGGAACCUGGGCACACUCAAUAUUCCUGUUUGAUUGAUCUACUUGGCAGAGCAGGGAACUUAGAUGAAGCAUAUAUAGUUAUAAACGACAUGAGAUUGAAACCCAACGAGGAUAUAUGGACUUCUCUCCUUUCAGCUUGUAGAUUACACCGAAACCUCAAGUUAGCUGAGAUUGCAGCUGAGAAACUUUUUGAAUUGAAUCCAAAUGAAGUAAGCGGCUAUGUUUGUCUUGCUAACAUAUAUGCUGCCGAGAGACGGUGGGAAGAUGUUGAAAAGGUGAGGGAAUUGGUGAAGAAAAGGAGAUUGAGCAAGCCACCUAGUUACAGUUUUGUGGAGUUAAAUAAUAUGGUUCAUCAAUUUUUUGUUGGAGAUAAAUUGCACCAAAAAUCAGAUGAAAUUUUUGCCAAAUUGAAAGAACUGAAUGAGCAGCUUAAAAAAAUUGGGUACAAGCCUGAAACUAGUUUUGUUCUCUAUGAUGUGGAGGAAGAAGUAAAGGAGAGGAUGCUCUGGGAUCAUAGUGAGCGGUUGGCUCUUGCUUUUGCUCUUAUUAACACUAAUCCGGGAGUCACAAUCAGAAUAACCAAGAAUCUUCGUGUGUGCGGUGAUUGCCACACAGUGAUGAAGAUGAUUUCUAAGCUCACAGAUCGCGAGAUUAUUAUGCGAGAUAUCACUAGGUUUCACCAUUUUAGAGAUGGAAGGUGUUCGUGUGGUGAUUACUGGUGAGUUUAUGAAGUUUUUCAGAAGUAGCACAUUCAAAAUAAUGAAAACGGACAUGCAUUUUUGGAUGGAAGUUGAUAACAGACUAACAGAGACACAUUGUUUCCAAAUAUAGCAAAUUGCGGACUUUUCACUUUUAGCCCUACUUGUGCAGUCACUCAAGGGAUUUUGGAUUGUCACAUUUUGGUGUCACCAUUGCAGAAGCAGCAUGACUAUAAUCCGAAUAGUUUUAUUUUCGUCUGAUUCUUAAAUGGAUUGUUCACAUCUUGAUUCUUGGGAAUCAACCAUCACUACAUAUAUCACUUUCUGAUGGGAAUAUUAGUAUUGGUUUGAUAACUGAAGAUCUUCAAGGUCAAUGUAUAUUUCAUUAUGAUCACUUGAAUGCAAUUA